AUGAUCUUCAAUGUGUUGUUUUAUUUUUACAUUGACAUUUAUGAAUUGCUCUUCUCUCCCCACACAGAGCCAGAUGUGAUCAGGAAUCUCAAAGUAACUGAAAUCACAACAUCAUCUGUGUUUCUGACAUGGGAUGAACCAGUUGGAAAUAGAUCUUUCUUUAAAAUUCAAUGGAUUGGUGAUCAAAUAAACGGAUAUUCAGCAACUACUUACACUUCCUAUAACAUCACUAGUCUGACUGCUGGAGUCAAUUACACAUUCUGCAUCACUGCUCUUACUGCAGAUAACUUAGGAGAAAGUGAACCUUUCUGCAUCUCAAAAUAUACUGAGCCAGAUGUGAUCAGGAAUCUCACAGUGAUCGAAAUCACAACAUCAUCUGUGUUUCUGACAUGGGAAGAACCAGUUGGAAAAAGUUCUUUCUUUAAACUUGAAUGGACUGAUGAGGAAACAGCCAGCCGUUCAACAACCAAUAACACAUGGUAUAACAUAAUGGGUCCGACUGCUGGAGUCAAUUACUCAUUUAUCAUUACAGCUGUUGCAGCAGAUAAAUCAACAGAAGGAGAAUCAGUGGUUAUCUCAAAAUAUAUGAAGCCUGACAUCAUAAUGAACCUCACAGCUGCUGAUGUUACAGCAUCCUCUGUCUUACUAAACUGGACAAAACCAAACGGCCAAAGCUCCCGUUACUGUGUAGAAUAUGAAAAUAACAAUAUGACAGCUGAAAACACCUCCAUCGAGAUAAAUUAUUUGAUUCCCGGAACGCAGUACACAUUCAGAGUGUUUGCAGUUGCAGCUGAUCAUGUGACCGAGGGGAGAGCCAAUCAGAUUUCACUGUAUACCAAGUCAGAUAUGAUCAGGAAUCUCAAAGUGUCUGAAAUCACAACAUCAUCUGUGUUUCUGACAUGGGAUGAACCAUUUGGAAAUAGAUAUGUCUUUAAAAUUCAAUGGACUGGUGAUCAAACAAAUGCAACUAUUAACACUUUCUAUCACAUCACUGGUCUGACUGCUGGAGUCAAUUACACAUUCUGCAUCACAGCAGUUACUGAAGAUGACUCAGAAGGAGACACUUUAUGCAUCUCACAAUAUACCAUUUAUGAAUUGCUCUUCUCUCCCCACACAGAGCCAGAUGUGAUCAGGAAUCUCAAAGUAACUGAAAUCACAACAUCAUCUGUGUUUCUGACAUGGGAAGAACCAGUUGGAAAUAGAUAUUUCUUUAAAAUUCAAUGGAUUGGUGAUCAAAUAAAUGGAUAUUCAGCAACUACUAACACUUCCUAUAGCAUCACUAGUCUGACUGCUGGAGUCAAUUACACAUUCUGCAUCCCUGCUCUUACUGCAGAUAACUUAGGAGAGAGUGAACCUUUCUGCAUCUCAAAAUAUACUGAGCCAGAUGUGAUCAGGAAUCUCAUAGUGACCGAAAUCACAACAUCAUCUUUGUUUCUGACAUGGGAAGAACCAGCCGGAAAUAGAGAUUUCUUUAAACUUGAAUGGACUGAUGAGGAAACAGCCAGCCGUUCAACAACCAAUAACACAUGGUAUAACAUAAUGGGUCCGACUGCUGGAGUCAAUUACUCAUUUAUCAUUACAGCUGUUGCAGCAGAUAAAUCAACAGAAGGAGAAUCAGUGGUUACCUCCAAAUAUAGGAAGCCUGACGUCAUAAUGAACCUCACAGCUGCUGACAUUACAACAUCCUCUGUCUUACUAAACUGGACUAAGCCAAACGGCCAAUGCUCCUGUUACCGUGUAGAAUAUGAAAAUAACAAUGUGACAGCUGAAAACACCUCCAUCAAAAUAAAUCAUCUGAUUCCCGGAGCGCAGUACACAUUCAGAGUGUUUGCAGUUGCAGCUGAUCAUGUGACCGAGGGGAGAGCCAAUCAGAUUUCACUGUAUACCAAGCCAGAUGUGAUCAGGAACCUCAUAGUGUUUGAAAUCACAACAUCAUCUGUGCUUCUGACAUGGGAUGAACCAACUGGAAAUAGAUCUUUCUUUAAAAUGCUGUGGACUGUUGAUAAAACACAUGCAACUACUAACACUUCCUAUCUCAUCACUGGUCUGACUGCUGGAGUCAAUUACACAUUCUGCAUCACUGCUGUGGCAACAGACAAUUCAACAGAAGGCAACAAUUUUUGCAUCUCACAAUAUACCAAGCCAGAUGGGAUCAGGAAUCUCGGAGUGUCUGAAAUCACAACAUCUUCUGUGGUUCUAACAUGGGAUGAACCAACUGGAAAUACAUAUUUCUUUAAACUUCAAUGGGCUGAUGAUAAAACAAGUGGAAAUUCAACAACAACUAACACUUCCUAUCUCAUCACUGGGCUGACUACUGGAGUCAAUUACACAUUUAGCAUCACUGCUGUGGCAGCAGAUGAAUCAACAGAAGGAGAAACGUUCUGCAUCUCACACUAUACCAAGCCAGAGAUGGUCAGGAAUCUCAGAGUGACUGAAAUCACAACAUCAUCUUUGUCUCUGACAUGGGAUGAACCAGCUGGAAAUAUAGAUUUUUUUAGGAUUCAAUGGACUGAGAAAAGGACACAUGCAACAGCUACUAACACUUCCUAUCACAUCAAUGAUUUGACUGCUGGAGUCAAUUACACAUUCUGCAUCACUGCUGUGGCAGCAGAUAAAUCAACAGAAGGAGAAACUUUCUGCAUCUCACACUAUACCAAGCCAGAGAUGGUAAGGAAUCUCAGAGUGACUGAAAUCACAACAUCCUCUUUGUCUCUGACAUGGGAUGAACCAGCUGGAAAUAGAGAUUUUUUUAGAAUUCAGUGGACUGAGAAAAGGACACAUGCAACAGCUACUAACACUUCCUAUCACAUCAAUGAUUUGACUGCUGGAGUCAAUUACACAUUCUGUGUCACUGCUGUGGCAGCAGAUAAAUCAACAGAAGGAGAAACUGUCUGCAUCUCACUAUAUACCAAAUCCCCUGAGUCGAACACUUGGCUGAUUGUUGGUGUAGUUUUGGCAGUGGUCUGUUUUCUCUUCAUCAUUAUUCUGAUUCUCUUCUUCUAUUCAAGAAGUAAUACUGAUAUGAGAAUAGAGGAUUAUGAAGAGCACUUUAAGCAGAAACAUGCAGAUGGUUUUGCUGAAGAGUAUGAGAAGUUGAAAACUGUUGGAAUGGCACAGUCAAAAAAUGCUGCCCUGGCUAUUGAAAACAAGGAGAAGAACCGUGACAGCAAUGUGUUACCUUAUGAUGCUUCAAGAGUGAAGUUAUCAAUAUGUGGCAGCCCCUUUGAUGAUUACAUCAAUGCCAGCUAUGUCCCAGGCUACAAGUCAAGAGAAGAGUUUAUAGCUGCUCAGUGUCCAUUGCCUACCACAGUGGAUGAAUUCUGGAGAAUGAUCUGGGAGAAGAACGUAUACACCAUAGUGAUGCUGAACAAAUGCAACAAGCAGGGAUUAGUAAUGAAAUGUGAGAAGUACUGGCCAUCUGGCACUAAUAAUUAUCAUAACAUCUCUGUGACAACCACCUCAGAGACAGAACUGGAGAGUUGGAUCAUAAGAGACUUCGGAAUCAAAAAUGUGAAAACAGAAGAAACUUGUAAGAUAUGCCAGUUCCACUUCACCGCGUGGCCUGAUCAUGGAAUUCCAGCGGCCACUGAAGUCCUCGUUGAUUUCAGAUGCCUGGUAAGAAAACACAUGGACCAGUACUCUCGACACUCUCCAGCUGUGGUGCAUUGCAGUUCUGGUGUGGCAACAGGGGUCUUCAUUGCCAUUGACCACCUAAUCUUCCAGAUUGAAAAAGACAGUAUGGUGGAUGUCUAUGGAAUUGUUACUGAUAUGAAAAUGCACAGGCCUCUCAUGGUACAGACUGAGGAGCAAUAUUCUUACCUCCAGCAGUGUGCGUAUGACAUAAUUCGAUCAAGAACUGGAACCAACAUGGAUUUCAUUUAUCAGAAUGCAGCAGCACCCCAGAUCUAUGAAAAUACAGAAUAUCUAAAACAAUAA